UUUUUCUCUCUAGAGGGCGGGGUAUCAGAGGUCACUGAGGUCUUUGGGUUGUGAAACUCUUGUGAGCACAGUCCAGCAGAGCAUGUGGUGAGAGCCUGCACAAGGCUAUCUAUUUCUUUGAUGAUGUCUCCUCCAUUCUCACCCUUCGCUGUGCUUCGACUCCCAGUGUGCUCGUUCUAAUGUUCCAGAACAAUGCAAUGCCAUUGUUAUACUGUUAAUGUUAGUACAUCUCAUUGGAGAGAAAAGAGUCAAAUGAAAAAGCAUGACGAGCAAUCACAGACAGUAAAGCCAAUUAUUAAGGAGAUUUAUUAAAUGUGCUUAUUUUCCAAAAACAUUUUACAAGUGGCCUUUUGUAAUUAACGCAGGAAACGUGAAUAAGAGAAUAUUGGGGGAAAAAACUUUACUCUUAGACUUGUACAUUUAAAUUAAAUACUGGAUAAAUUAAAUCAGUCAAUGUAUGUGUUCAGCCCUUUAUGUAGUAGCAGACAAGGUGCAGUCGAUUCCAAUAAUGUAUAACUUCGAAAUGACAUGUGUUUUAAUAGUCUUUUACCGUUCUUUUAUUUUCUUCAGCAGAAAUAGCAUUGCUCAAGUCACUAUUUUGAAAGAAGAAAAACAAAAAAUGUUCUGCAUGAUGCAAAUAUUUCUUGAUACAUUUUCAGACGCAGUCCUUGGAAACUUUGGAGCGCCUCAUAGACCAGUUGAUAAGAAUUUGCUUGAGUCAGGGAUUGAGUUUCAGAAAGGCUUUUUUCAAAGUCACGUUGCCCCACAACAUGAGCGCGACCAAUAGUCUCAGAGGCGUGCAGACCCACCACUAUAAAGUUGGCUUUGGGCUGAGGCGUCUUCAUUCAUGUGCAAACUGGGAGGUGGAUCCUGCACUGCCGGUUGAUUUCACUGACACACUUACUAUUACGUUGGACAAUGCUGCGAGUCAGGUGUCUGAGAGGAGGUAGCAGAGGGGCCGAGGCUGCCCAUCUGAUCGGAGCCAUGCUUGGACGGGCGGUGACUGGAUGGGUGCAGAGGGCCUUCCAAAGCACUUCCAGUGCAGCAGCUGCACAGCCGCGUCAUGCUGCUGAACACAUUACUGAGCCCGUCCAGCAGGAGUGCCCUGUGUGCAGCUACAAUGAAUGGGACCCUCUUGAGGAGGUCAUCGUGGGUCGUGCCGAAAACGCCUGUGUGCCUCCCUUCACCGUGGAAGUGAAAGCUAACACAUAUGAUAAGUAUUGGCCCUUCUACCAGCAGUAUGGGGGCCAAUCUUUUCCUAAGGACCACUUGAAAAAAGCUAUUGUUGAGAUUGAGGAAAUGUGCAAUAUUCUGCGUCACGAGGGCGUCACUGUGAGGAGGCCCGAGCCCCUCAACUGGUCCAAGGAAUAUAAAACUCCAGACUUCACGUCAUCAGGCAUGUAUGCUGCCAUGCCCCGAGACAUCCUCUUGAUUGUGGGGAAUGAGAUCAUUGAGGCGCCGAUGGCCUGGAGGGCUCGCUUCUUCGAGUACAGAGCGUACAGACCUUUGAUCAAGGAGUACUUCAGAAACGGUGCAAAAUGGACCACUGCUCCUAAACCCACGAUGGCCGAUGAGCUGUAUGAUCAGGACUACCCAAUCCGCACAGUGGAGGACAGACACAAGCUGGCUGCCGAGGGGAAGUUUGUGACUACUGAGCACGAGCCCUGCUUCGAUGCUGCCGACUUCAUCCGAGCCGGGAGGGACCUUUUUGUUCAGAGGAGUCAGGUUACAAAUUACAUGGGAAUUGAGUGGAUGCGCCGUCAUCUGGCUCCAGACUACAACAUCCACAUAAUCUCAUUCAAGGACCCGAACCCCAUGCACAUUGAUGCCACUUUUAACAUCAUCGGGCCAGGACUGGUGCUGUCAAACCCUGAUCGCCCAUGUAUCCAGAUCGACAUGUUCAAGAAGGCUGGUUGGACUGUUGUGAAACCUCCCACCCCUCUGAUUCCUGAUGACCACCCACUGUGGAUGUCCUCCAAAUGGCUGUCCAUGAACGUCCUGAUGUUGGGUGAGGACCGUGUUAUGGUUGACGCGAACGAGAUCACAAUUCAUAAAAUGUUCGAGCGCCUCGGCAUCAAGACCAUAAAGGUGAAUAUACGCCACGCCAACUCCCUGGGUGGGGGCUUCCACUGCUGGACCACCGACGUCCGCCGCCGCGGUCCCCUGCAGUCCUACUUCCACUAGCCAUGCCAGAAAUAGGCAGUUUUUAUUGAGCUUCAAUUUGGAAUUGUGCUUCCACUCUAGUUAUUGAAUCAUUAUUGUCAGUCAGUUGUGUAUGUACACACUAAUCACAAAUCUACUCCUGGACUAAUUUCAUUUGUGUGUUUGGCUGCAGCUCAAAAUCAAAGCAGUAUACUGUUCAAAUUUGCCUGGAACAAACUAUUAAUGGGGCAAUCUCAUCAUGACAGGUGGCACCAAAGAUAUUUUCUGGAGAUGUGUCUUUCUGCCCUGAAUUAACAUGUAUGAAUUGUUUUGUCUAUGCUGUGCAUCACAGUGCCUUUGCAAACAGCUCUGUCCUGAUAUCUCUAUAGCUGUAACAUAACAUACACAUGCUCAAUAGCUACAAAUUAACAUAACUUUACUUAAUCCAGUAAUCUCAAUAUUAACUGCAUUUCUGGCCUGGCUAUUGUGAAGCUGAAUUGUUUAUGGCUCAUUCAUCUAAAAGUCAUAACUUUGAGUACAAGGUACAUUUUGGUAUGUGAAAGUCAUAAAAGAAAGAGGAGAGACGCUACCUCCUCGUGGAAAAGUCAGGCACCAAGUUUGUCCAAAGUUUCUUUUUUUUAUUGAAACAAAUGUAUAAAAGUUGUUAAGUAGGUCAUUAAACAAUAUACAUUUAUUGUCCUUGUUUUGUAAAGAUUUGUAUUGAUUUAACAGACAAAGUUCUAUUUAUAUUUGUAAUACUCAUGAUUGGAUUAUAUAUUUACUUUAACAGUUUGUAGUCCAUAUCAGAUAUUGUGUACUCUUUGCCUUUUCUCCUAUUGCAUAUCUAGGCCAGUUAUAUGCUACUCGCCAUUCUCACAAACUGAUUGGUUGCUUAUAUAUACAUAUAUAUGUGCGACGCAAAAAUGCGAAAGAGUGAAACGUGUUUAGUUGUGAAGAUGUUUUCUGAUUCUUUGCUGUAUUGAUUGUAGGAUGUUUAAGUCUUAAGAUUUAUUUUUAAACAAUUAAUUAAAGGGAGGCUUCAGCUCAACAGACGAAUGCAAGUGAUAUUUUGUAUGAUGCAACAUUAAUAAAUGUAAUCAAAAAGG